AGCACGAAUAGAUUUCGAACACAAUUUUUUCACAUUUUUAAUGUUGGAUCUGGUCCCUUAAAAGCUGAAGUUCACUGCAUUUGAAACAUAUCAGUAGUUCCGCCAUCGAGCGUGCAUUUAGCUGCACUCUGCUCGACAUCGCCUGCCACCAUUCAGUCUUAGGUCUUCAAUCUAAUCUAACACUGGAGUCCACAAGUCUGCUAGAGUGAACUCCGAAGUGUUAGGCACGACAAUCCGGAAAUUUGCAUAGAUUCCAGAGAGAGACAUAGAAAAAUUCACGUGAGACGAAUCUGUGCACCAGCCCGGGAAACGGUAGUGCAAUGGCAACCGCAAGAAGCAUGAUGUUGGCCUUGCUGGUGGUGGUAGGUUUGCUCCAAAUUGCAUCAGCUGCUACAUACAUUGUCGGCGAUGAUACCGAAUGGACGAUACCCCCGUCCAAUACUUUCUACGAUGAUUGGGCCGUGAAACAGAAUUUCGUUGUGGGCGACAAGCUCAAUUUCAUAUUCGGUCUUGGACACAAUGUGUACCAAGUGAGUGCGGCCGACGCCAGUGCGUGUGACGGCACCAACCCGAUCAACAAGUACACGACUGCCACCACUGUGACUUUGACCACAUCGGGAACGACUGCCUUCAUCUGCGAAGUGUUCGGCCACUGCCUUGCAGGCAUGAAGAUGACCGUCGAUGUUUCUCUGUCGACGAAUUCGUCUUCUCCCCCCGCCAAGGCACCAGCCAAGGCCCCAACCAAGGCUCCGGCCGUGGCUUCCAUCAUUCCUUCCUUAGCACCGGGAACUACACUCGUUAUUCCACCAGCAUCUGCUCCCUCUGCAGCUCCAGGUCUCCAGUCCGCAGCCGCCAUGCUCUUUGGAGUCUUCGCUGCCGUCGUUGUGGCAUUCGCUCUCUGAACACCUCACGCAGAUCAAAUUUUGCCAGAUUUUCGUGGUAGGAUCCAUUAGAAUUAGGGGAAUAUGAACAUGCUUAGGCGCGAAGUUAAAGUUUAUCCAGAGAAACGAGGUCGUCCUGUCAGCUGCAGGCAGUCGUUUCAUUCUUAAUUGAAACCUCAGAUUUAAUUUCUUCUACACUCUCCUGAAGUUUCUUCUCACCGACUAGCGGUUUAACAUCACCUUCUUUCUGUUUAGAACUUAUCUGAUAUGCGGACGAGUUCUAGCAGUAAUCGUCCUUUGCCAGUUGCAACGUUGCUAGCUUGCCGCAGAGCAUGUUCGAUUCUUCAGGACGGACCGUGUAAAAGUCUUAAUAGUGGUUAAGGUCUACCCCAGUACACAUCCACUUUCGUAGGUUUAGGUAGGAAUCCGAAGUCAGGUUACAAGAGUUUCUCGAUGUAAUGUGCACCAUUUCACACAUAAGAAUACAGAAGUCGA